AUUUCUUACAUUGACGACUCUACCUGAGGCUGAGCCCUCAUAGUAAGUCAAAUGAAAGUUAAGAUCUUUACCAACAUAUGCUAUCGUUCUCUAACACCAAGAAAGGAUGAUAGCUCCUCCACCAGCACAAAACAGCUCUCCCAGUGAGAUUUUAGAGGGAGAGGGACAAAAAAGAUAUCUACAGUCACUAGAAUCUAAACUGAAUCGUCUCGAAGGAGGUAACAAACGCAAUAUAAAAUCUAAGGAUAUUCUGAGUGCCCUCACUGAGGCCCGUGAUGAUCACCUCUAUCAGUCGUCACUCGAUACUCAACCAGCCACACUCAGUGUAACCGAGGACACCGCUGCAACUAACGACCCCUGGAGCUCAACAAACACAAGUGGCUACAUCACAGACCUGAGUUCCACUGGUGAUAUGCAGGAAACUGGAGGGAGAGAUGGUGCACUGCACCAGCUGGAUGAUGACAUUGAUGGACCACCAGAAAUGAUGAAGACUGGUUGUCUACCAUGCUGCUCCAAACGAAAGCACUACAGACACAGCAGAGUUCGUAUCACCAGUGCUACUUUAACUCCAGAGGAAGAGAGUGCUUUCUUACUGCAUUGUGAUCAUUUGAGCAAGACUUGACUAUAAUUUGUUUACAAUAUAUAUACAUGGAUCAUUACUUUAAUAGAUCAGUGCUCAUUGAGUCAUUGACCGACCAAAUUUUUUCAUUGGUAUGACAUUCAUUAUUUAUAUUAUGUCAAGAUCACGAGUAA